CCGUGAUAUCUUGCAGUUGUGUCCUAUGUAAAGGUUUUUUUUAUCAAAACAACUUGUGCAAUCAUUACAAUGGACUUCAAAGAUAAAGUGGUUCUUAUCACCGGCGCGAGCUCGGGGCUUGGAGCUGCAAUCGCAGUUUACAUGUCACAGCUAUCAGCGAAAUUAGUAUUGGUCGGACGAAAUAAGAAAAAUUUGGAAGCUGUCGCCCAACAAUGUGAAAAAUCAAAGGGAAUAAAAGCACUCUCAGUAAUAGCUGAUGUAUCGAAAGAAGCAGACGUGGAGAGAAUUGUCAAUGAAACGAUAAAUCACUUCGGUAAAUUGCACGUUCUUGUAAAUAAUGCUGGUGUAGUAGAACUGGGUGGUAUUAAGGAUACCGCAGCAUUGUCAAAAUAUGAUAAGAUAAUGUCUACAAAUGUUCGCGGGGUGCUUCAACUAACUAUGCUUGCUGUUCCUCAUCUGAUCAAGACCAAAGGCAACAUUGUGAACAUAUCCAGCAUUGUAAGCACCAGAGCAGCCCCUGGCAUGUUAGCCUACUGCAUGUCAAAAGCGGCAUUAGACCACUUCACGAAGUGCAUCGCUUUAGAUUUAGCUGCGGAUGGUGUUCGCGUGAAUGCAGUUAACCCCGGCCUGGUGAAAACAAAUAUUUUGAACGUAGCCGGAUUCUCCGAUGUUGAGGUGGAUUCAUUAUCUAAGAAAGUAAUUGAAACUACACCGCUAGGGAAAUUGGCUGAAGCGGACGACAUCGCGGCUAUGGUGGCAUUCCUCGCGAGUGAUUGUGCUAAGAGCAUCACUGGAUGCACUCAUCCUGUUGACAGUGGUAAAUCGCUGGUGUAAUUUCAUUUGUUGCAGUUUUUAAAAUACGUUAAAUUAUUUGCUUCAUAACAAAAUUUUGAUUCGCUUUAUUUUGUUUUAAUUUUGUUGUAUGUAUUGAAACCGUUGUAUAAAAAACAGUACUAUGA